AUGGACUCAUCUUUCACUCUUAUUUUGAUGACAUUUUCCAUCAUGUCAUUGAAUUUUCAUGAAUCUCAUUCUCAAACUACCAAAUCACCUCAUGUUCUUGAUCUCCUCAUAAGAGAUCACACAUUCACUUCAUUAGACAAAAACUUCAAGACAGGAAUACCACAAUCAGUGAAACUACCUUCAAAUCUAUCAGGCAUCAAAGUAGAUACUGUGAGGUUUAGAUGUGGAAGUUUAACAAGGUAUGGUGCAAAACUAAAGGAGUUUCAUCUUGGUAUUGGUGUUACUAUUCAUCCAUGUAUUGAAAGAGUAAUGUUGAUUAGACAAAGUAUAGAGUAUAACAAUUGGUCUUCUAUAUAUUAUGCUAACUAUAAGGAUCUAUCUAAGUAUCAACUUGUUUCUCCAAUUGUUGGAAUUUUAGCUUACAAUGCUGAUGAAGAUUCUAAUUCUAGUAGUAACCCUUUUCAGCUUGGAAUUGAAGCGGGCGAAAAUCUCAUAACAAUUGAUUUCAACAACAAAGAAGAAAAGGGUAUCAAAGUGAGUCCCUUAUGUGCAAGUUUUGAAGGAAAUGGAAGAAUGACAGUAGCGAAAACGAAACCUUUGGCAACACUUGUUUGUGAGGCUAAAAUGCAUGGACAUUUUGGUUUGGUUGUUGAGUCUUUACAACAACAAGAAGAUAAUGAUGAUUUUACAAAGCCUUUAAGACUAAGUCGAUGGAAAGUCGCGGUAGGGAGUACUAUUGGUGCUGCUAUAGCUGCUUUUCUUUUAGGUUUGCUUCUUGUAGCAAUGCUUGUUAGGGUUAAGAAAAGGUCAAGAAUGGUUCAGAUGGAGAGAAGGGCUUAUCAAGAAGAAGCACUUCAGGUUUCAAUGGUUGGACAUGUGAGAGCUCCUACAGCACCCGGAACUAGAACAACGCCAACACUUGAACAGCAUGAUUAUAUAACUCAGCGCGCUCGUUGA